AUGGAAUGGAGUGCACAGUCGCGCAACGACGAGGGACGUAGUCAGCAGACAAGGAAUCAUCCCCUGCGCGAGAUCCGCGCGGUCCCUCAUCCGAGGUCCAGCCCGAGGCAUAACAGCGGAGCUCCCCAAGUCGUAUCGGGUGAGACGGUCGGCGGCAGCACCAUUUCGAAUAUCCCCAGAAACGUCUCUCAGUCCGGACGAGCUGUUUCUGAGCCAACGGCUGCGACAGGAACGACGACCCCGUAUUCCGAGCAAAGCCGGAUCGAAGACGAAGAGCGUAGUGCCGCUGACUUUGCGACGGCUUCGCUGGCGCCUCGGGAUGCCGAUGCAAAUGAUAUGCCUAUAUACACUGGCGAGUCUUUGGGAUUCUCUGCGGUUUUGGAUGUUUUCGCCACACAAGCUGUGCCCAGACAUGUCUUCCGGCCAUCAUCGCAUCCUAGUCUUACCGCUCAGGAUGUCGAGUAUCUUAAGUUUAAAGGAUGCUUAACAUUGCCCUCCAGUGAUAUAUGUCGCGAGCUUCUUCGUGCUUACUUCCACCACGUGCAUCCUAUUCUACCGGUAGUGGAUGCUGCUCAGGUAUUGAAGUUUGAGCAGCAGCAUGACCGACCAGCCGAAUGGAAUCUGUUACUCUUGUGGAGCAUUUUCUUCGUGGCAGUUAAUUUUAUCCCUACCGAGACUUGCGCACUCGCAGGAUACUCUUCCCGGAAAGAGAUGAGGGAAGCCAUGUACUCCCGUGCAAAGUGUAUGUAUAACAAUGGCGGGGAUGACAAAAUCACGCAGAUGCAGUCUGCUCUCCUACUCGGGUUCUGGCACUCGGAGAUGAACAACCACGCCCAGCCCUGGUACUGGACGGGCAUUGCAAUCAACCUCGGCCAGAUCAUGGGUCUCCAUCGCGAUCCUGAUGCAAUCAGAUUUAAUCCAUCUAUUACCGGUCGUCGACGGGCUUUAUGGCGGCGCCUAUGGUGGUCCUGCUUCUUUCGAGACCGCUGGUUGAGUCUCACCCUCGGACGUCCGUUGAGGAUCAACCUGCUUGAUUGUGAUCUUCCGAUGCCCUCAACAGCGGAUGCUCUGAGUGAUUUAUCCGAAGUGUCGCCAUCGGUGGCAAGUCUGUUUAUCCCGGAGGACCUGGCCCGGUUGAGCGACUAUUGGAUUCUCCUGCUGCGGUUGUCGAAGAUACUGGGGGACGCGCUGACCCUGAGCUAUCAGCCGAAAAGGCCGAACCCUACUAUUGAGCAAGUUGAAGCUAUAGAGUCGGAGCUUCUGACUCUUGAGAUCCCGCACGACUGUGGCUCCGAGCAGAGCGAGUGGGCACGGUUUGCCGUUUACCACUUGCAGUUACAUUAUCAAGCGUUCCUGAUUACAUUUUACCGCCCUUUUACAAAGCGACUCCCGGAAGGCGUGCCUUCAACCAACAAGACAGCAUAUCAGACGGCAAUAGGUGCGAAGGUAGACGCUGCUGCACUACAGACAAACACCAUCCUCGACGCUUUGGCCCGCGAGAAGCUCCUUAACUUCGCCGGCCCAAUGACACCACCCCUCCUCGUUCCCGCCAUGCACAUUCACCUACUCAACUGCAAGUCCGACGAUCCUCUCACGCGGCAGCUCAGUCUCAACAAACUCGACUUUUGCAUGUUGAUCCUCAAGGUCAUGCAGGACGUGCACACGGCCGCGUCGUAUUACCGGGGUAUAUUCUCCGAGGCGAUUCGCCACCUUUCAUCGACGACGAGUAAGCCAACCGGGCAGGGACCGGUUGUGGUCGAGACGCCGGCAUCUCUCCCUGGGGAACCCGCAAUGGAGACGCUGCUGAGCGGUGAUUUUCUCGACGGGCUGAUGGACGAGGCCUCGUUUUUCAAUUUCUGGGAGCCGCUCAGUAACAUGUGA